CCGCUGAGUCAGUCCAGUACAGCGCGCCGAGGAGGCCGCCCGCGCGUGUUCCGUGUAUACUCUCGUCUCGUGGGCACAUGUUAACGCAAUAAUGGAUGUCCUGCCUAGCGGUAACCUAUUCCGCGAACUGCAGGACGUGACCGACACCGGCUACUUCGAGUGGAAGCUGUCCCUCGAGGACUACUGGCAACAGACAUGCUACGAGAUGGAGAGGUACCUACGCGAGGAGCCGCGCUGCAAGCGGCGGGAGAAGCCCAAGGAGGAGGACUGGGCGCGCUCGGAGCCCGCCUCGCCCCCCUCACCCCCAUCACCCCCCCUUCUCGAGGUGGUCGCCGUGAAGAGCGAGCCGCCGAGUGACUGUGACGAGCCAGCACGCUACUUCGAGCCCUAUACCGUAGUCAAAAGGUCCCGAAUAGCGCAGAAGUUAAAACAGGAGGAGUGGACGAAGAAGUUAAAACAGGAGGAGUGGACGAAGAAGGAGCCGUCGCGGAUAGCGGCGCCGCUGCUCGAGGUCAUCGUGGUGAAGAGCGAGCUGCACAGCGACUCCGACGAACCACACGAGCGGGCGCCAGCGCCCGUGCGGCGAGCGCACACGGCGCGCCACCACUCGCAUUCGCACUCGCACUCACACUCACACUCGCACUCGCACGCACAUGUGCUGAGUGACCCGCGCCGCCGCGUGCAUCGCUGCGAGUUCCCCGCCUGCGACAAGGUCUACACCAAGAGCUCGCAUCUCAAGGCGCAUAAACGGACACAUACGGGUGAGAAGCCGUACAAGUGUUCGUGGGAGGGCUGCGAGUGGCGGUUCGCUCGCUCGGACGAGCUGACGCGCCACUACCGCAAGCACACGGGCGCCAAGCCGUUCCGCUGCCGGCACUGCGAGCGUUGCUUCUCGCGCUCGGACCACCUGGCGUUGCAUGCCAAGCGACACGCGUAGCAGGCGGCCAGCGAACGCCCCAAGAAAGCGAACGUCAAGAAUUAAGCGCGCGGUUGGUCGAAUCUUUAGGUGUUAGGUUUGCGUUGGUAGGUUUGUUUAAUUGUUUUGUUGUAAUGAUUGAUGAUGUUCGCGAAGAUGUUAAAGUGAUUUGGUUGAGUUAGUUUUCGUACAUUCGGUUUUGUCAUAAUUUGAGUUAAUAAAUGUGUUAGGAAGUGUAGUUCCUAAAGAUUCGACCGAUCGCCAGUCUCUUGGAUCCGACAAAAACAAAACAUCGUGUUUGUUUUGUUUUUAUGACGAAUUCAAGAGGGUCCCCGUGUCCGCUGCGUCUAUAACGAGCUGACUAUGGGAAUUAAUUCGCACAAAGCGUUCCUACUUUCUGUACGAGUCGUGCGCGCGUCCUCAUUUUGGUUGUGUAUCGGAAUUGAAUGUGUAGCGUAUCGGGGCCGCUUGUUGCGCGGUGUGUUGCGCGGUGUGUUGCGCGGUGUGUUACGGACGCGCGCGCGGCGGGGCUUACGUUCGCGCCUGUUCGUGUUGCAUGCCAAAGAAGCCGCUAUGACCGUAGCUCGAGUCAAAACCUCAUCGCACCUAAUACAUUAAAAUUAAUUUUACCUUGUAUUCAAAUUGUAAGUGUAACUAUGAAUCUUAUAUUCGUUUCGGCACCGGUCUCCGGAUUAUUAUUGUUACGGUUACUUUAUUGUUGCAUUAUGAGAACAAUUUUAUAUUCGCCGUUGUUUAUUGUGUAAAAUGUUUUGUAGGCUUUUUGUACAGAGAGGUUUUUUUAUGUUGCGCGUUCCGUGAGCGGGCGGGCGAGUGUUGUGCCAUCGCCGGGGCGCCGGCUUGUUAACCUGCAUUUCGAGACGUGACAUAUAAGUUAUUGGACAGUGCGACCCCCGGCCGCCUGCCCCCGGGCCCCACCGACGCCGGGGGUCCUAGUGUAGGUCGAUGUGCGUCGCGUUACCUGAAUCACAAGCGAUGUUUGGAACGAGUCAUAAGCGAUCUAUCGUUACUCUAAUUCUUUAAAGGUGACGAUCGUUUUUUAUAUAAGUAUGUUAUUAUGAAUAAAUUGUUUAAACAAAAGUCUAAUGCCGACUGUAAAGGUGUUGGCGUCGAUCCAAUACGUUAGUGACUCGUACCAAAGAUCAGUUUAGAAUGUUAAUGAAUAAUUUUGCAUCGUUAUUAUUAUUAAGGUAUGUAUGCAUGUUGAGCGAUGUUCUCUACCACUUUAAGUAUUGUUUGCUGGUUUCAUUCCGUAAGUUGAUCUGGUGUGUCUGCUUGCACCUGGUCGCGUGCCGUGUCGCCGGUCGCUGUCGCGUUGACACGGGCAGCGGCCGGCUAGAAGCGUCGGCGACGGUUAGGCGGUGCUUUCCUAUUAUUUCUACUGCUGAAAUUAGAUAUAUGUCUGUAUCUUAUAAUACAAACCCUGAGUACUAAACUUAUAACACCAUCAGAUUACACCAAUAUAUUAACUGUUAUUUACCAUUAUACAGAUAACUAUAUAUACCUAUAACAGAUGAUAACUAUUGUAACUAUGUCUAACUUUUAACUAACCUAUCUAUGAAGAAAUAUACACUUAUAUGAUGUCACAACUGUGGGUACUGUGAACCGUGCGUCUGAUCUUGCCGUAAGACUCCAGAUCUAGCUAGACAACGGAAAAAAAUCUGACUCUCAAUCUCAAUAAUCGACAAAACCGGGCCAGACAGCACCGUCACAGUAUCUAGCAAGCAGCCAUAACCUUAAAUUAUAAUCAAAGUUGUAAUAUUUAGUGUUCUACAGUAAAGUUGAAAUAUUUUUAUUAGUAGUAUGUAACUCUGUGUGCGCGAAGUAUGAAGUAUCACUGCACGUGGUGUUGGACACAGUCGCAUUAUUUUUAGGCAAAUAUUUUCAAAUUGACGCCAGUCUGUGGACACGUUGAGUUGUAAUGCCUGUGAUACAAGUGAUACCUACAGGUAGAACUUUUUUCAUUCGAAAUUUAUAGGAAAAUCUUUUUAAAGCUUCGAAUUUCUAGUAAAAUUUAUAAAUUUGAGCGUUUGCAAUACAUUGCUAGGUCAGUGGCUACUUAAUUAUAUGAAUGUUGCUGACGCACAUUAUUUGUGAAGUUGUUGGUUCAAACUGACGCCACUAACUAAUAUUUCUGGCUAUGGGCAAAAUGCACUAUUUUUUUUUAACCUGACACAGAAACGUUAUAGAAGUAUCAUAUGUAAACCCUUAUAAAAUCUCAUUGGUAAACAAAAGUUUAGGCGCACCGUUUAAAUAUGAAAGGGAGAGCAAAAAAACUAUCAGUAUCGUUUAUUUAUAAUCACGAAAACGUGAAAUUAUUUUAUUAUUCCAAAACAAACAGUAUUUUAUUUUAAAGUCUUAUCGUUAAUUGAGUGAAUCGCACAGUUUUUUAAAACUUUUUUCAUGUAUUUAGAUAAUAUAAUAAAGUAAAAAUAAAAAAAUAGAUUUAAUGACAAAAAAAUGAUAAUAAGAAGUAAAUUGUGUAACUGCCAUUUAUUGAAUGUUGUUCCCGGGGCCAUGUAGUCUUCCCGACUGUUAGCUGAUAUUGACAUGAGAGCCCGGGAACCACGGGCCACGCGGCGUCUCUCCGGACCAUCGCUGAAGCAAUGGGGACCGUAGCACCCAUUUGUCACUUGUAUUUGUAAAGAAAACUGCCUGAAACAUAAUGUCCUAGUAGACGGACAACAAGCGGCGUUGGGCUUCCGCCCUGGCGCGCUGUGUUCGAUAUUAAAAACACUCCGGAUAGACGUAUUGUCUUCACGUAUCCUAAAGGGGCAUUCGGAACGAAGGUGCAUGGUAGUCGUUGCAGUACUUUGCGAUAAAGUCUGAAUAAUUUGUAAUUUUAAUCUUAUGAUCGAUAAAUAAUCCGCGUAAAACUGCAGCCGUCUCGGAAAGACGUCGCGCCUCGAAGCCCAACCGCACUGCCAAAUAACAUAACUAACACAUUUUUACAAUAAGUUUAUACCAACCUUUCGUACGAACACUGUUCAAUAUUUACAUCCUAUUUUAUACCAGGUUAUUGAUCACAUAGAAUAUUAUCUAUAAAAUAUUGUAACAUUGCGGUCUUUGAAUUUUUCAAUUACUUUCACCCGAUUUUAUUAAUAGUGUAAACAUCAUUGUUAGUGUAUAACAUGGAUGAAUGCAAGCUACAACGCGUGGCUACCACUAGGAACCGUUCUACUGCCGUCGGUCGCGCGAUGGUGCGAUGCGAUGUUAUCCUCCGAUAUAUCCGUUGCCAUCAUUAACUGUGUGUACUAUUUUGGGGCGACGAAAUCACUCUCGAAGGGCGUCUUAACCGAAUGUAGCCGAAUGGUCGUUAUCGUUGGCCGCACGAGCGGUGGCAAUAGGACCGUUCCUUGCAUAACUACAUAAUACGUAAUUGAAUAGAAUAGAGCUCAUAAAUACAUACAAUCGAAUUUAGCUUUAAAAAUAUCAAAGAACAUUCUGCCAUAGACAAGGAAAUCUCAUCAGAGCGACUGACUCCAUGAUGACUCACUAGCGAGCUGCUAUCACCUCCACAACUCGUGUUAUUUCAUAAGAUGCUUUAGAUAAUCGUUCACAUAAGGUUGUUGGUAAAAAGGAACGUAUGAAUUAUAAUAGUUUUAUGUGACCUAAGGUCGGCUGAGGUUGUUGCGUUUAUCAGUCUCUGCGACUUGAGUGUGAGUCGUACGUGAGUCACGCAGGCUCCAUCGGGGCUCCUCCACCGUAGCUGUGUUAGAUCCGUGCCACGCGAUGACCAUCUGUUGCAAAGAGAUAGCUGGUUCGCUCGACUCGCAAGGACUGAACCAAUCAAAUAAAAAGGUUAAAUUCUGAUAUAUCAUUGCAUUAUUCAAUAUUAUACAAAUUAAUAUUUAAACCAUCGUGUCAAUAUUUGUCAUCUCUUGAACCGUAUUUCGUAGUGUAGUUUCGUAUCUGAAUGUCGUCACUAAUCAAUCAAAAAGUCCGCGGACAAUGGAGCCAGUGCAGUGAGUGCUGCGAUGGAAUGUGCUCAAGUAUGUAGUUACAUCUCACGCCACCUCACUUCACUGGCGCCACUGUCUUUACGCAAUACAAAAUAGAUAUAUUUAACAAUCUGAUCGUGCAUGUAUGUGUGUUUAAUGUGCUUAAAGGCAAAAUUUAGGAAAAAAUAGAUAAUAA